AUGGCAUCAACUUCUUUUCUUCAUUCAGAGAUUCCUCUUUCCAAGCCAUUUUCUUCAACACAUAGAAACAAGACGAGUUGUACCAAAAUUUUGGCAAUAAGAAGAGAAACCCACGACCAAAACUACAACGGAAGAGUGGUGGAUGAAAACUUGAUCAUUCUUCGGAAGAGAAUCCAUGAAAUGAAGGUGAUAGAGAGGAAUUAUGAGCCCCCUUCUGAAUGGAUGGAUUGGGAAAAGAGAUUUUAUGCAAAUUAUGAUUCAAUAAUUUGUGAUGCAAUGGGGUUGUUGCAAUCCCAGUUGAUGGAAACUAGGCCAGGCUUGGCUUUGGGUAUUAUUGCACUCAUUGCGUUGAGUUUGCCCACUUCAACGGUUGUGAUUAUGUUUCAUUUGAUUGAGAUAAUUAAGGGAAUAAUUCAUCUGAGUUGA